GCUCUCUUCCGCCCCCACCUCCACCUCCGCCUCCCCUACCCUUCUCUGCUCAGGGCUGUUCCACCCUCCCCGUCCGCUGGAACAACUUCGGAGGCAACAAACCCAAAACCGACGUCACUGCACGCACGCAUAGGUCAGGUACCUCCCACCUUCUAGGAGGUACAUUUCUCCGACACACCAUACAUGUAGCCCUACUUGCCCUAACUCCUACCUGCUACCUCCUAACCGGUCAUCCCUUCUGCGCCGUGUAGCCAUAAUUGGCUUCGACCUGUGCUCUCCCUCCCUCUGCACCACCCGCGCCCGCGUAACGACGUGGCCGCCGGGCAUCAUGUCAACGACAGUGGAUGGUGACCCGCCUGUGGAAACACCGCCAUGACGUCCUGUCACUCGCUCUAUUCUCGGCUGCUAAUAUAACACGUCGAUCACGUACCUGACCUUCCACGUUCUCCUUCGACACAUGCUCGACAGCACACGACUAAACCGUCGCGCGUGCCUGGGCAUUCUCCCACCGUCUUUGGAAUGAGUCCCUCAAAAGGCCGCCCUGAACUGGGCGCAGAGAAAUCGAGUAAGCCGCCACAUGCCAAAAAGUCCAAACGACGCGCUCCCCGAGGCUUUCGAGAUCGACCAUGGGUUCCUGGCAAGACACUCCCUACAUACACGGGGCCUUAUCCUGUGGGUAGCAUGGAAAUUGAAUGUCCGGCCUCGAAUCCGAGAGCCUUCUCGCAUAUCACUCGCAACAAACGCCACAUCCUGCAGCUCGAGACCGUGCUCAUGACCAUCUACUAUCCCGCUGCCAUUGACCAAGAAGAGAAACUUCCGAAGACGAGCAGUCGAUUCUCUCGGGAGCUCUGGCUCGGCAGACCCCGAGUCUCGAUUGCUCAAGGAUAUGGAAAAUUCGCGGGCGUAGGCUCAUUGGCUGUUCCCGUCUUUGCGACCACAAUGCUCACGAAGCUCCCGGCCUUUCGAAAUGCACCCAUUGCCCGCUACUGGGCUCCAGAAGCGGAUACGAAGACGGAAGGCUUGAAGGCCAAGCACGAGGCGGGUACGAAGCCGAACGAGAGCUCGUCGGACGAACCUCAGUUUCCUGUGAUACUGUUUUCCCAUGGGCUGGGGGGCACCAGGACCAUGUAUUCUUCAGUCUGUGGUGAAUUUGCCAGCUACGGCUUUAUCGUGAUUGCAGUGGAGCAUCGUGACGGUUCUGGUCCACGAACGUACAUCAAUCAUGCGAAGCGCGGGGAGGGAAGCGCAAGCGACCUCGAAACUCGAGGCAAACUGGACCACGAUCCCCAUGAGAAGGAACGAGGGUACAGUAUCAUAGACUACAUCUUCCCCAAGGACAAUCCGCUCGAUACCUCUCCAUUGAACGAGAAAGGCGUGGAUACCGAACUUCGAGAUGCACAAAAAGAUUUGCGCCUGGCGGAGAUUGAGGAAGCCUACGGCGUCUUUACCGAGAUCAUCAAGGGUAAUGGUCAAAUGAUUUCCGACAAAAAUCUGAGGAGAAAGGGGUACAAAGGGAGCUCGCGUCAUGGGCUGGAGGGUGUAGAUUGGUCGCAAUGGAAAGAUCGAGCUCGACUCGACCACGUCACAGCUGCUGGACACUCGUUCGGAGCGGCAACCACAGUCGACAUUCUACGGCAGAGCGAGCGAUUCCAUUACGUUUCGCAAGGCAUUCUCUACGAUGUCUGGGGCGCCGGAACUCGAGGAGCGGACGACAACGAACCGAAGCAGCGAGUGCAAGCACCUGUCUUGGCGAUCAACAGCGAAGCCUUCACAUAUUGGCCAAGCAACUUUGAGCUCGUGGAAUCGAUUGUCAAAGAGGCCGAGAGUGAACCCUUGCCUAGUCCAGCAUGGCUCUUGACGAUCCGUGGCACAGUACACAUUUCGCAGUCGGACUUCAGUCUGCUAUAUCCGCACGUGUCCAGUUUGCUGUUGAAGAUGACGGCAUGUCCACGGAGAGCGUUGGAUUUGAACAUUAAUGCUUCCCUCGAAUUCCUCGAUCAAACCUUACCCGCAGACCUGGCCGCGGUGAAUCGAGCGUACCAGAACGAGAAGCUGUUGGAGCAGUCGCCCAAUCCGCUCGAGCGCAUCUCGUCCAACCUGUUACAUAAGCCCACAAACGAGAAAUGGAUCGCGGCGCGGCUGCACAUUCCGCACGAGUGGCUCUAUCGUCUGAGUCCUCGCCUCUUUCGCGAACUGUCACGCCGGGAGGAUAAGCGCAAAGGCAGAGUCAUCGAGGCGGGCGAUGAGGUCUGGUUACAUUGCAAGCCUACGGAGAAGAGUCUCAAGCAGUACUUGGAUCGUACGGGCAGAUCGACAUCCGAUGCUGUCCAUCAGAAGACGUCGGAUGGUACCACCACUGCAGAGCCGGUCAUCCCGCAAAAUCCUCCCCUCUAGCCGAAAUCUUGGCUUCGUCGUCACAGUCGCACCGUCCUCCUCUUAGUCAGGCACCAUGCAGUAGCUCAAAUGGGCACAAUUCGCAAGCGCAGCUGUUGCGACACAACGUACAACCCACUACUAGUGGGUGACUGCGCAGAGUUUCGAAGAGAAAUGGGCUGCAUCCGAGCCAUGUCUCAUCGACGGGCUCUCCAUUCUUCUGUCCAGGAUGUGCAGAAUUGCAUCCAACGCCUUGCUCAUCGUUGGUGAGAAUGAUUUUCCUCUACGAUGCUAAUUCUGCCAGAGCAGAGUCUUUCGGAACGAGACGUCCGCCACUCACGCUGUACACUCUCGGUCGGUCGCGACCAUGUAGUCAGCUGGGGUGAUCGUGGCCUCCCGGCCGAGGCUCCCGAUUGAUAUGUGUCAGGGGAUACUCUUGCUUCGUCUCGACGGGUUGUGAGUGCAGAGGCGAUGGAGGCCCACGACUGAUACUGGGACUGAUACUGUUCACACUCCGGCCGUCCCCUUCGAUGCUCUCCAAGUCGUCGUGGUCUCGCAUGCCUUCUGGUUUCACGUCACGCAACUGCUCUACGUAGUCGUAGGCGAACUCGCCGAGCUCGGUAUCAUCGAUUCCCACUUCUUCUUCCUCGGGAGUGGCUCGGAGCUUCAGGCUGGGAAGCCAACGAGAGAGAAAGGACAGGGUCAACAGAAUGAUGCAGGUCAUGGCAAAAGAGUACGUCAUUCCCGUCACCGAGUCAGCCAAUUGAAUGGCAAGCUGAACCCAGUGUUGGUUGAUCCAGCCGCCAUCAAUCUUGGUGACGCCGUCCAGAUGCGCAAUGUAGUCGGCGGCGAAGAAGCCCGUGAGCAGGUUGCCGAGGAGACCGCCAAUGCCAUGUACGGCGAAGAUGUCCAGGGCGUCAUCGGCACCCAGGUAAUACUUGAGCUGGGUGGCGAAAUUGCAUCCAAUUCCCGCCGUCAAUCCAUAGACGACGGCCGCCCAGGCGGGGAUGAAGCCCGAUCCCGGUGUCACGCAGACCAGACCGCUGAUGACGCCCGAACAGAAGCCGACAGUGCUCCAUUUCUUCUCGAGGCGGUAGUCGACCAGACACCAAGUGACGCCCCCGACGCAUGCGGCGAGGUUGGUCACGAGCGCAGCCAUGACUGCUCUCAGGUUGGCACCCAAUGCGCUUCCCGCAUUGAAGCCAAACCAGCCGACCCAGAGGAAGACGGUGCCGAUCACAAUGUAGGUGACAUUGUGAGGACGGUAGUUGAGUGCGUGCGUGCCAUGCCCUUUGCGCUUGCCCAGAAUGUAACUGUAGGCCAAUGCUGCAGUUCCACUGGAGAUGUGCACGGGAGUGCCACCAGCGAAGUCCAGACCUCCCAAUUUAUAUGACCAGCCAGCGGGAUUCCAGGUCCAGCAGGCGAUGGGAUCGUAGACGAGCGUGGUCCACACAAACAUGAAGAUGACACAAGGGAGCAGUCGGCCUCGCUCGCUGACGGCUCCUGUGGCCAAGGCGACGGUAAUGGAAGCGAACAUUCCCUGGUAGACACAGUAGAGCAGGUCGGGAAUGCGCGUUGAUCCCACGGACGGACGGGCGAGGACAUCUCGCAGGCCAAAGUUGGACAGGUCGCCAAUGAAGGAGGAUGCAGUGUGGCUGAAGGCCAGUGAGUAGCCCCAGAAGAACCAUUGGAAGCUGACGACGGCAGUGGCCAUGGUGCUGAGCCAGAUGAGAGAAAGGGCGGAUUUGCGGCGAGCCAGGCCCGAGUAGAAGAAGCUGGAAGACGACAUGUCAGUACAGUGUAUUGGCAUUUCGCGAUACGGCCAGGAAGUCGUUGACUUACCCCACUCCAGGAAUCAUCAACAGCACGAGGGCAGUGGCGGUGAUGACCCAGGCGAUGUCGCCGCUCGCAUAGUAGAUAUUGACUGCAUUUUUGGUGAGCAGCUGUUUGGUUAUUACAUUCCUGGGAUCAGAAGAGUGGAGGUGAAGAGGGGUGAGGGGUGAGGGGAGGCGGGCACUGGAGGACAUACGGUCUUCAGUGAGCGAGUCGCCACCAGUGGGCGCGGUGCCAUUGUAUUUGGCGACGCUCAUAUUGGGGGACAGGAGGUCGACUGGAGGUGGAUGAUGUUGUUGUUCCUAGGGAGGGGGAUAGAGAGGAAGAAAGGGAGAGAGAGGGAGAGAGAAAGAGAGAGAGAGAGAUGUCCCAGAUUCGGGAGUUGGUGGUCUGGUGGUCUGGUGCAAAGAAGCCACGUGAAGAUUCGAAGCGGAGCCGGGUGGCAGAAGGAGAGAUCAAGAAUGGAGGAGGAUUGACGGUGACAGAAGCAUAAUAGAGUGAUUUGCUUCUUGCAGUGCCGGGUUGCUCGAAUGCCGGGCGUGGGAGGGUUUACAUGGCAGUAGACUCGGCACUACUACAUGUACUAGUGAGUGAGUGAGUGAGUGAGUGAUGGGAUGAGAUCAACAAUCAAAAGAUGAGGCGAGGUGGGACUCGAAGUGUCAAGAGUGUCAAGAGUGUCAAGAGGUGUCGAGAGAGAGGGAG